AUGGUUAGCAUCCUAGGCCAAUGUGGAUCAGCUCUGACUAACGUCCUGCAAAGCAAGUUUGGAUGCACUACUGUGCUCCAUGGUGUAGAUGCCACCUGUGUAGGUGCAGGGCAGUCGAGGAAGCCCUCUGUCUUUCCUGAGGAAAGGUUUUCUAUUCAUCUAUCCAAGAGCUUCAAGGUGUCUACUGACCUGAAUUUGUCAACCGGGGUAAUAUCCAAAGCAAUCCUGAAAGCUGCUGACCAAGGCAUCCAUAAAGAGAUCUGGAAUUACUUCAAAAACAACCACAAAUAUGGUGAUGUUAUUGAAACCCAGGGACACAAACUACUAUGCAAAUAUGUGUACCACACUAUAUGCCCUCACAAAAGUGAAGUGUCUGAAAAGGUAAAUGCAAAUAAGUCUCUAUAAGACUUAGUAAGGUAACCAACUACACUGCAAUGGACUGUUAUGAGAUCAAAUAUGAAAUCGUUAGCCUACCUCGAUGUUCCUAGCAAUAUGUUAAGAGUAGUAUAUCUCUAACUAUAUUUGCUAUAUCCAGUCCAUAUGUAUAACAUGGAAUAAGCAAGUAAUUUGUAAGCUUUCUGUAUUCCUCUGUUAAGAGUCUUGGUGACUGAGCAUGGCACAAAAAAGGCAGGUGUCUUCAAUCUCCUUCCCGGCCACUGGUACUGGUGUGCUGGGCUUCAGCAAGCAGGUGGUUGCAAAGAUCAUGAUGGACACAACAAUGGAAUGAAGAUGGAUAUUUAUUAUGUUAUCUUUCCAUCUGACACUGAGACGUACAGUGGGGAAAAAAAGUAUUUAGUCAGCCACCAAUUGUGCAUGUUCUCCCACUUAAAAAGAUGAGAGAGGCCUGUAAUUUUCAUCAUAGGUACACGUCAACUAUGACAGACAAAAUGAGAAAAGAAAAUCCAGAAAAUCACAUUGUAGGAUUUUUAAUGAAUUUAUUUGCAAAUUAUGGUGGAAAAUAAGUAUUUGGUCAAUAACAAAAGUUUCUCAAUACUUUGUUAUAUACCCUUUGUUGGCAAUGACACAGGUCAAACGUUUUCUGUAAGCCUUCACAAGGUUUUCACACACUAUUGCUGGUAUUUUGGCCCAUUCCUCCAUGCAGAUCUCCUCUAGAGCAGUGAUGUUAUGGGGCUGUCGCUGGGCAACACAGACUUUCAACUCCCUCCAAAGAUUUUCUAUGGGGUUGAGAUCUGGAGACUGGCUAGGCCACUCCAGGACCUUGAAAUGCUUCUUACGAAGCCACUCCUUCGUUGCCCGGGCGGUGUGUUUGGGAUCAUUGUCAUGCUGAAAGACCCAGCCACGUUUCAUCUUCAGUGCCCUUGCUGAUGGAAGGAGGUUUUCACUCAAAAUCUCACGAUACAUGGCCCCAUUCAUUCUUUCCUUUACACGGAUCAGUCGUCCUGGUCCCUUUGCAGAAAAACAUCCCCAAAGCAUGAUAUUUCCACCCCCAUGCUUCACAGUAGGUAUGGUGUUCUUUGGAUGCAACUCAGCAUUCUUUGUCCUCCAAACACGACGAGUUGAGUUUUUACCAAAAAGUUAUAUUUUGGUUUCAUCUGACCAUAUGACAUUCUCCCAAUCCUCUUCUGGAUCAUCCAAAUGCACUCUAGCAAACUUCAGACGGGCCUGGACAUGUACUGGCUUAAGCAGGGGGACACGUCUGGCACUGCAGGAUUUGAGUCCCUGGCGGCGUAGUGUGUUACUGAUGGUAGGCUUUGUUACUUUGGUCCCAGCUCUCUGCAGGUCAUUCACUAGGUCCCCCCGUGUGGUUCUGGGAUUUUUGCUCACCGUUCUUGUGAUCAUUUUGACCCCACGUGGUGAGAUCUUGUGUGGAGCCCCAGAUCGAGGGAGAUUAUCAGUGGUCUUGUAUGUCUUCCAUUUCCUAAUAAUUGCUCCCACAGUUGAUUUCUUCAAACCAAGCUGCUUACCUAUUGCAGAUUCAGUCUUCCCAGCCUGGUGCAGGUCUACAAUUUUGUUUCUGGUGUCCUUUGACAGCUCUUUGGUCUUGGCCAUAGUGGAGUUUGGAGUGUGACUGUUUGAGGUUGUGGACAGGUGUCUUUUAUACUGAUAACAAGUUCAAACAGGUGCCAUUAAUACAGGUAACGAGUGGAGGACAGAGGAGCCUCUUAAAGAAGAAGUUACAGGUCUGUGAGAGCCAGAAAUCUUGCUUGUUUGUAGGUGACCAAAUACUUAUUUUUCACCAUAAUUUGCAAAUAAAUUCAUUCAAAAUCCUACAAUGUUAUUUUCAGAAAAAAAAAAAUCUCAAUUUUGCUUUGAUUUGGUAAUUCCAGGCUUUGAACUGAAUAGUUUGGGAAUAUGGUGUAUUUCUAAAUCAAGACUUCAGUUCUUUACUGUCUUGCUCUGACACACCAUAACUGAUAUAGCAUAGUUACCAGUAGGAGUGUGCCAAUAUCGUCAUAUUCGUAAUCGUAUCAGUUAUAUGACACUUGAUACUCUUAAUCAGAUUUACUUGUGAUCGGAGAACCCGGAAGUAUACUUUAAAUGUUGGUAAAGCCUAUACCUCAAGUGCAGUGAAGUGUUCCUUCACUCAUUCACACACAUUGUUAAACGACCCCGACAUAUGAAAAUGCACAUGAUUUAUUUACUUAGUCCUAUUCAAUUAUCAACGGAAUAAGCAAAUAAAUAGCCUAUUGCAUGGCUGGCUACAUUUAUUCCAGACACAGAUUUAGAUGAAGUUAGGCUAAUUCACUUGCCCCAUAUUUUUUCACUUUCGAGAGGAGCAAAGCUUUUCUCUCCCAAAACUUAUGCCACAACAUUUGUACAUCAAAAUAUACAAUCUACAUUUGUCAUUUUUAUUUUCUAAUGAUCUGUCGCUCAGUAAACAUGCCUGGGGAGAAUAAAUAAUAAUAGCAAGCAAGAAUGGGCAUGGAUCACAACAUAACGACAGACGUCGUCAGCAAUGGAAUAAUUAUACAGACCGACAAAGUAAACCUACUAAACAAUGCCAAGUAGACAGACAAAAACGACCAUAUGACCUUAGCAAAGUCGACAGGAAAUAACUACGUUGAACAACAAUGACUAGCUACAGAUUCAUAUAUGAUGUUUGGAGAAGGGGGGACUUGUGCCCUUAGAGAAGUGACCGUGAGUGAGUGAAACACCCGUGCAUGUGUCUGGGGAAAUGAGAGCAGAGGGAGAGCGGCUUGUUCUAAUCCAGUCAUUGCAGCAGACUCAACCGAUACCCCGCCAGUUUCUUUACAGACAGAAGAACUAGCCAAUAGUUUUUUAGAGCACACAGCACUUCACGCUGUUUGUUUGAGUGAAAGAGAGCUGCGUGCUGGCAGCUGAAAAUAUCCGGUCACCGAUCAUUACAAAAAAUACUUUUUAUAAUCGUAUUUGGAAAAUUCUCCAUAGCCGUUACGAUACUUGUUUUGUCCGAGUACUCGGCACACCCCUAGUUACCAUUGCUCACAUAUUUCUGCUCUUUUCCACAGGCUUUUGAAGAUCAACUGAAAUCUCUUCAAGGCGCAACACAACAUUCUAGAUCCUCCAACAGUGACUCCUCUAAAGGUGAGAUCCCAAUCAAAAGAAGUAGACUAAGUGGUAUGUUAAUAUAAUUUGUGUCUCAACAGAACACAUACAACAUCUUUCUUCCAACUUUUGAACUAACGUAUGCUUUCAUGUCUGUGAAUCUGCAAGGAUUUGGGCACACAACUGAUCGUUAUGAGUCCAGAGCUACAAAUUAACACCGAUAUCCAAGAGGAGGUGCAACACUGUAUAUCGAGCUCAGCAGUGCCCACAGUGACACAUUGAGGGAGGCCAAAUAUUGGCUCAUGUACGCUUUCAUGCCCUCUGAGAACUUCACCACGCUCAACAGUUUCAAUCUGCACUUUGGUCAGAGGGAAUUUGACGAGCUGCUUUCCCUUCAAACCAAGUAGAAUGUUUCCAUUGAGGAGUUCUUUAAAGAUAGUCGUACUGGUGUGACCAUCCAGGGGGUUUCUAGAGGUGUCAGAGCUUCUGUGUUAAAGUUGGAAGCCAUUUACAAGAAAAUGUUGCAAAAAAAGAAUGGAGUUACAUGGGCCUGAAAUUGUCCAACAAUUUCCCAAGGAAGCCUGUAGAGAAAAACAGCUCAGACGAUUUUUCCGGGCUUUAAAUUGUCAGGGUGAGUGUUAACAAAAUAAACUACAGAUUUAACAGUAAAUGUGCAAUCUGUGGUAUUUACUGCAUGAUAACUGAUCAAAUAUGGUUUAAUCUUUUGUUACAGGUUGAGAAGGUGGAGAAUAGCACUCUGAACCAUCUCUCUGAGCUAAAGAAGAGACAGUUGCAGCCUGCCUCUUCACAACGAAUGUACCAGCGCCUGCCAGCGCAAUACUGUGACCUGGUCAGCCGAGUGGGCUUCCAGAGGGAGUUUGCACCACCUGACGGUAAGCGAAGCCACCUAUUUAAAUGGAAUGACAUUUUAUAGACUUUCACAAGGCUUUUUGAGGCACAUACCUAUACCUAGUUUGCAGCUAAAACAUAACUCAACCUACAUCAUCACACAAUGUUUUUGUUAAUGUGUUACUUUCAUCCAUAGAGCAAAUGUAUGGAGAGGGUAUCUACUUCAGUAGCAGCGUGCAUGGGACAGAGAAGCUGUGGAGGGGCUUGGCUGAUGAAGAGUACCUGUACUUCAUUGAGGCACAGAUGCUGACGGGGAAGUCUACUAUUGGCUCACCAGGUCUUAUUGUGCCACCGGAGACCCCCGGUGGAGACCCCCUCAGCCUGUAUGACAGCGUGAAUGGGGUUGUAGGCACCUGUGUCAUUUUCAAUGUACACCAGGCCCUACCUGAAUAUCUGAUCAUCUGCAACAACAAAAAAACUUGA